AUGCUCAUGGGACUGCAAGUCCAGAAGCUGAGGAAGAUGGCGCCCAGGGUUCCAAUACUUCUGAAGGAAGUGGUCUACACUCUCAGCCCCUUUGAGCAGUCAGUCACAAGCGGACUGUGGAGGGAUUUCUCAUACAAGGUCACCAAGCAGAUCCAAGAGGUCUCGAAAUUUGAGUCAGCCCUCAUCCAUGAGGUUUCGAGGUUCUGCUGUGCGCUCGGGCGCAGCAACCAUCUCCUGGACAGCCUUUGGUCGUACAACGCAACUGAUGAAACAGAAUUCGAGUCGCCGAGCCUGCGGGAGGCGCAUGUUGCUUAUCGCCAACAGCCGAUGAAGAGACUCGCAAUGAAAGCUGCAUUGGCGAAUGAGCUGGAAGCGAAGGGGACCCACGAAGCGUCUGAUGCCGCGAUGGCGCUCCGCAUGGAGAUGCUGGGACUGGCUAAAAUUCAUGGAUCCAUUCUCCGGCUGGACGGACAUGGGUCGUGGAGGUUCCUGCUUCCCGUGACCCACUUCCACCUUGGCCGCCGCUAUUUCGAGGCCUGCCUGUACAAGCAGGCAGCUUACCACGCAACGAGGCAGCACAGGGAUGUCUCGGAACCCCUGCACCGGCUCCUCGGCAGCUCAAUGCUUCAAUUGAAGUCGCUGGAUGCGGCGACGGCAAUGUGGCACUUCGAACAAGCCAUGGACAACUCGGGACCAGAGGGCAUAGAGCCGGCUGUCAACGUUCAGGCUGCCAUAUGCAACAAAGCCCUUGGCCUGAAGUCACUGCACAAGGCCAGGGUGCUCAAGAAGAAACUGCAAGAGCUCGAAGAAAACAACGAACAGAUCAAUCGCAGCGCCUCUAGCUUUCCAGAUGCAUCCUACGCCUGCAUGCAAGCCAAGGGCAAGAGGGCGAGACUGGCGCGGGAGAUGAAGCAGACGCACAAGCAGGAAAAGUUCCAAAGCGACGCUGCAGCGGAAAACUUUGAGUGUGGCGUUGAUAGAUUGAUGGAGGCUAUCACUGCCAUGGAAAGCACGGGCCAAACUGUGGCUGAAAAGCAGCAGGUCUCAGCUGUGGUGGCGAAUUUGUACAGGCUUUGCUCCGAAGUGAUGAUGGCACUUGCAGAGACGAAAGCUUUUGUUGGCGACCACAAGGGCUCUGCGGGGAUCCUGGGAGAAGUCCUAUCCAUCCACACGGCCUACGGCGCAAUCCCGCCCAACAUGUUGGCAGAGGUGUUGAAGAAACGCACCACAAACUUCCUCGAGUUGGCCAGACUCAAUGACGCUCUGGAAGCGAUAGAGGAGCUCUUGCGUGUACUGAACGAGGCGGCGAAGCAUCCUGAAACACGAGGUUCAGGUGGCGAAUUGGGUAAAGCGCGUCGAACGCGGGCAAAGGCGGAGGCACGGCGGACUGAGCAAAUGAUACUCGAGGCGAGAGAUCUGCGGGACGACAUUGUGAACCAGUUGCAAGCACUCGAAAACAACUAG